UCCUCAUAAAAAUACAGUUGCUUGAUAUACCCACAAAAGAACAAUUAUUGCAAUGAAAUUGAAUAAAAUAAUCUUUAAAGAAAAUACAAAAUUAAACAACCUAAUGAGAAUUGCUUUUCAAAAAUUUUUAAAUUUGUGGUGUUUUAAAAAGAACUUAUGAUGUCAGAUUCCUCCCAAAUUUACAAUAUUUAAUAAAACGGGUGUUAAGUUUAAAAUAUCCACACUAGUGGACCCGAUUCCAAUGUGCCAAAAGUGUUAUGGAGUACAACGAUUGAAGGAAACUUUUCUUCUCCAAAAUCCUCAAUAAUUGCCGAUGCACCAAAUUACUUUACUGCACAUACAAAUGUUGCAAAUCUUCAAAAUUAGAUAUACUGUGCAGUCUGCAAUUGUAAUAAAUCUUUCCAGAGCCACGACUUUCAACAAAAUGAACGAGAAACGGAUAUGAUUUUUUGUUUUUGCAAGUUAUUUGAAUUGGAGACUUUAAAGCCCAAACAUCAUUUUCUUACUCAUUAUCCAACCGUUAUCAAAGCAUCCGGACCAUUAAGAUGUUUUUCCAAUUUUAUGUUUGAAGCUAAACAUAAAGAAUUGAAGUCGUAUGCCAAUGUAUGUAAUAGUCGAAAAUGUUUCAUUUUAUCAGCAGCAAUUAAAUUUCAAUUUAAAUUUGCAUACAAAAUUUUCUUCAAAAAAAGUUAUUGCAAUGAUGUAUUUUAUAAAGAAGAUGAAAGGAUUCAAUCAAAUUACAACGAAAUUAUUUUAAAAAAUGAAAAUUUAAAACACCUUGAGAUUGUAAGCUUAAAAUCUAUUUCACACAAUGGAACUACCUGCAAAUCUAAUUUUUAUGUUGCUCGAUUAAAUAGUGAACACUUAUUAGAUGCUUUCAAAAUUAAAGAAAUUUUGUACUGUGAUUCAAAUUGCAAUAUAUUGUAUGCGAAAAGAAAUUUUAAGCUCAAUUUUAGUCCAAAUAUUGUAGGAUAUUUUAUUGAUGACGUACCAACAUCAUUAUCAAUUGUUCCUAUUCGUGAUAUUGUAGGAUUUUCAUUUAAUAUUUUGCAUUUAUGUAAUGGACAAAGAGCUGUAAGAAUAAAGAAGUUUACAAUAGAAUAAUAAAGAUAAUUUAAUAAAAACAAUUCCACAACACAAUGGAUAAAGAGGCCGUUAACGCACCAAAAGAGGACGAAUUUCAUAGUUUAAUAAAAAGCAUUGAUAUUGAUAACUAUUUAUAUGUAAUGCCGAUUAUAGAAGAGCAGAAAAUUACAUUAAGCCAAUUUAAAAGUUUCGAUCGAUAUUACUUAGACAAAUUAUUUGAAAUUGGAAGUUUUAAUCAUUUACGAGAACUAGGAAGAAAAGUUCAAUUUAUUGAAAAGUUUUCCGAAUGGAAAAAAUCUGCCAAUAACCUAAAUAAUGAAAGCAAUAACCCGAUUUUUACUAAUGAUGAAAGUUCUUUAAAUUAUAAUUUAAAUCAAGUGUUCAUAACUAAUCCUAUUUAUUGCGAGUUUAAAUCAUAUUAUGAUAAGAAUGGUCAUUUGGGAAAUUUAGAGCAAAAUAAAUUAAGAAGAGCAAUUAUUGAUUUUUUUGCUUCAAAAAAUAUAAAUUUAGAUUCAAAAAAACUUAAAAAUCUUGCCUCUCAAAUUCAUCAGCUAUUUCCAAAUGAAGCUGAGGAAGUAUAUUUUGAAAAACAGAAGCACCAAAGGGCCAAGGGUAAAUUAUUUUAUAGGCAUCAAAAUGCUAUGAAAUCAAGUGCCAAGCUCAUUACCAAGGCUAUACCAUAUAUAGAAAAGAAAAUUUAUUUCCUGGGAAAUGAACAAGAUGCCUCCAAAAUAAAAUCUUUUUUGAAAUAUAAUUUCCAGGAUAGAGAACAAACAUGCCAACGGUGGAAUCAAACAAAUAGACAAAUAUUAAUAAUAAUGUUCUAUUUUCAGAUUCAAAGGAUGCAGUACUAAUUUAUUUAAUUCAUGGAGUUUUAAAGCCAGACAGAUGUCAUAAAGAUAUUGGUAGGCCAACUAUUGCGGAUUCUCAGAUGUCCACUAUAAAGUUCCUAGAAGAAGACAUUGAGGUGGAUUUAUAUAGUUGUCAACCGCCUUUCCUUUUAAUUAAACAAAAUUUAUUUAGUGUAAAUACAAUCCAUGUAGUCGUAGACCAAAUUAUAUACAAGGCUGACACGAUUGCUUCUGCUUUAGCGCUUUGUUUUAAAAUAUAUCAGGUUUUCAAUUUAAAUUAUAAUAUAAAAUGUAUCAACUUUUGGUUAUUUAUACAAAAAAUUUUAUU